CUGCGAGGAUAAUGCCACCUCGCCUGGCCACCAAACCUCUCCCAAACUUCAGAAAGAGUAAGCGCCAAACCCGAGGUCCCCGAAAAGAGGGAAGAAGCGGCGGGGCGCGCAGCCCGUGCCCGGCCCCGUCCCGCCAGCCUCACCGGGGCAGCGCGGUCCCGACCUUUGUUUCAAGCAGUUACAUGGCAAAAGUUUAUUUUCGGCGGGGCGCGGGGAAGAAGCGUCCCCGGCGCUGCCGCGCCUGUCCCGCGGCCCCGCGCGUCCUCCACUCGGCGGCAGCCGCCCCCCGGCCGGGGGCAGCGGCAGCGCGGAGGCGCGGGGACAAGAGGGGCGCUGCACAGGGGCCGAGCCCGCAGGGCGCCGUGAGCGCUGCCUCGGCUGGUUCCCCGCUCCCCCCGCCUCGUCCCGCCCGCGCUGCGGGCGCACUGCAGCACAGGCGCUCCCCACGAACCUGCCCCGCCGCCGCUGCCAGCGCCCUCUGUAAGAGUCGGGGCGGCCCGGCCGGCGGGCAGGAGCGGGGCGGGCCCGGCGGGCGGCGCGGGGCGGGCGGAGCGGAGCACCGCCUCCGCGACAGCGGCGGCCGCGUUUAUAUGGGAGCGGCGUGGGGCGCCGCCGAGUUCCCGCAGUUCGCCCGCUGCUGUGCAGCCGCCGUCGCCGCCUCGGCCCGGCACCCGCCGUCCCGCCGGGAAGGAGUCGGGACCGUUUCGGAUCUCAAGCAGACGGCCCUCUCCUAUUUAGUCGUGGCUUUUCCAAACCCUCCGAGGAGAGCGGGAUCUUUCGGUCCUUCCUGUAUAUCCGACCAUUACAGGAUCUAGAAAUGUCGACGACACUUUUAUCUGCCUUCUACGACAUUGACUUCUUGUGCAAGACGGAGAAGUCCCUGACCAACCUCAGCAGCAUGCUGGACAAGAAAGCCGUGGGGACCCCGGUGACCCCUCCCAGCUCCAGCUUCGCGCCGGGCUUCCUGCGGCGGCACUCGACCAGCAACCUGACGGCGCUGGCCGGCGGCUCCAAGUUCCCCAGCCCUACCGGCUCCAGCUCUUCUUCCACAUCCUCCUCGUCGUCGUCGUCGUCGUCCUCCUCCUCGUUCGGCAAUCUGAAGGAGACGGGCUCCGGCGGAGGCGGCGGCAGCAGCAGCCCCACGGCCCUGCUCAACAAGGAGAACAAGUUCCGGGACCGCUCCUUCAGCGAGAACGGCGAGCGUAGCCAGCACCUCAUGCAGCAGCUCCAGCAGCAGCAGCAGGCGGCCGGCAAGGGGAGCGGCUCCGGCGGCGGCGGCGGGGCCCCCAUCAACUCGACGCGCUACAAGACGGAGCUGUGCCGCCCCUUCGAGGAGAGCGGCGCCUGCAAGUACGGCGAGAAGUGCCAGUUCGCUCACGGCUUCCACGAGCUGCGCAGCCUCACCCGCCACCCCAAGUACAAGACCGAGCUCUGCCGCACCUUCCACACCAUCGGCUUCUGCCCCUACGGCCCGCGCUGCCACUUCAUCCACAACGCCGACGAGCGCCGCCCGGCGCCCGGCGGGGGCACGGCCGCCCCCCCGCCCGCCGCCGCGGCCGGGCCGCACCACCACCCGCACCACGCGGCCCCGCACCCCGCCGGCAGCACCGGCGACCUGCGCGCCUUCGCCCCCCGCGAGCACCCGCUGGGCGGCGGCGGCUUCGGGCACCCGCGCGGCGGCGGCGGCGAGCGGCCCAAGCUGCACCACAGCCUGAGCUUCUCCGGCUUCUCCGCCCACCACCACCACCAUCACCCCCCGCACCCGCACGGCACCGCCCCGCCGCCGCCGCCGCCCGGGGGCCGCCUGGACGCCGCCCUGCUGGAGAGCCCCGGCGGUUCGCGCACGCCGCCGCCGCCCGCCUCCGCCUCCUACUGCGAGGAGCUGCUCUCGCCGCCCUGCGCCAACAACGCUUUCGCCUUCUCGGGGCAGGAGCUGGGCAGCCUCAUCGCCCCCCUCGCCCUCCACACCCAGAACUUCGCCGCUGCCGCAGCCGCGGCCGCGGCCGCCGCCGCCUAUUACCGCUGCCAGCAGCAGCCGCCGCCGCCCGGCGGGGCCUGCCCGCCGCCCCCCGCCUCGCCGCCCUUCAGCUUCCAGCCCCUCCGCCGCCUCUCCGAGUCGCCCGUCUUCGACGCGCCGCCCAGCCCGCCGGACUCGCUCUCCGAUCGGGAGAGUUACCUGAGCGGCUCCCUCAGCUCCGGCUCCCUCAGCGGCUCCGAGUCGCCCAGCCUGGACUCGGGCCGCCGCCUGCCCAUCUUCAGCCGCCUCUCCAUCUCCGACGACUGAGGGAGGACGGGGCAGCGGCCGGGGGGGCCCCGCGGCGGCCCGGCAAGUAAGUUACCGAACGAAGAAAGCGAAACCUCUCCUUCCUCUCUAUUUUUGGUUGGUUUUAUUUUGUAUAUCUAUCUAUACACCGAGAGCUGAACAAAACGAGAAACAAAGCAUUUUGCAAAAGGGCAAAUGACACGAACUGAACAAACCUAUUUUUAUAGAGAGACCUUGGAAGAAGGGGAUUUUUGUUUCGGGGUUUUUUUUUUUUGUUGUCGUUCUUUGGAGACAAGUUAUGAUACGCACCAGCAGCAGCCAUUCCAUCUGUGUUCCUAAAAAAAAAAAAAAAAAAACAAAACAGCAUUAGAAAAGACAGCACCAGAAAGCAACAAACAAUCCGGGGAGCGCCGGUUCGCCAGCCCAGCUCCUCCAAUCCUGCAGACACACAGAAAAAAAGUUACAAACUAGUUUGUCUUUCAAUCCAGUUCAAAUAAAAACACAGAACAUACUAAACCUAUAAGCUUUUUUUUUAGGAAAAAAAAAAAAAGAAAAAUCCAACAUCCUGCCAAGAAUAUGCCUUGAUAACAACCUUCUUUUUUAUAUAUAUCUAUAUAUUAUUAUUAUAACAAAUGCUAAAACCUUCAUUCCAAAGUUUAAUAUUGGUUCCAUUGCCACCACUUAGUGGAUGUUUGGCUUUUAGAACAAUUUUUUGUUGUUGCUUUAUUUGGAAGCACUCAACUGAGUUUAGUUUGUAAUUGUUGGAGAAUAACUGCUGAUUUUUUUUAAAUUUUUUUUUAGCUGUUUGAGUUGAUUGCAUGUAUGAGUCACUGCACACAACUCAAUAUGAAACUAUUUAACUUAUUUAUUAUCUUGUGAAAAGUAUACAUUGGUAAUUUGUUCAUACUGUAUUUAUCGGGUAUGAUGAAAAGCAAUAGAUAUAUAUUCUUUUAUUAUGUUUAAAUUAUGAUUUUCAUUAUUAAUCGGCAAAAUGUGGAGUGUGUUCUUUUCACAGUAAUAUAUGCCUUUUUGUAACUUUCACUUGGUUAUUUUAUUGUAAAUGAGUAAAAUUCUUAAUUUAA